AUGAGAAGAGAAAAAUAAAUGCGGGUACAGACAUUGACUGAUGAGUAUUUAUCUCCUGUAAAGCUACCAUCUGUGUAGUAGAUCAAUAAGACAAUAUAAGGGGAGGAUGGAACUGUAUGAGUAUUAGUAAAAUAAUAGAUUUUUGCUAUGAAUCAGUUAAUGAGCAGAGCAAACAUUGGUACGAGCAAUAAGGCUUUUAGAACGUUAUAAAAGAUCACAAAUGAUUAGAGUGAAAGAAAGGAUUUGCAGUUAUUAUAAUAAUGGACUGAUGUAUGUAAUUUCGAUAAUUAUUAAGUCAAUGGUGCAGCAGAUUCAAAAGCAGCAUUUUUAUAGUAUAACCGAGUUCUACGAUAAAAUGGAGUUGAUUUAUUCAGGUUCAAUAGGAUAGCUUUGCCAAUAGUUAUCCGUGAAAUGCAAUGACUAUUCUUAAUUGAUUGAUAAGAUAUGGACUCAAUUUACAGGCACUGUUAAGGAGAUUAUCGAUAAAUAGUCUAGAACAAAUCGGAAAUUGGAAAAGGAGAGUUUAGCUAGUACAAUUAAGAUUCAUGAGAGGUACUAGAACUCAAUGACGGAGAAGGUAUAAAGAUUAUAAGAAGCAGAAAAAUAAUUGAAGCGUAAUACAGAAUAUGUGGAGAAAUUGAAUAAGGAGAACAAAUAUCUACGCAAGAAGACGAACACAUUUCAAACACAAAUUACAAGUCUCAAUAACGAUAUUGAAUUGUUGAAAUUGCAAUUAUAGGAUCUGAACAAAGAAAACGAGACAUUUAAAUUAUUUUAGUAAGUCAGACAUUCUACUGAGAACGUGACAGCCGAUUACGAAGAGGAAUUAUAUAAAGCAAAGAAAGAGAUAUUCGAUGAUUUUAAGUUAGUGUUUGAAGAAUAGACUCGAAAAUUCGAAGAAGCAUAUCACAAUAAAAUGUUGGAAUUAGAAAGAGGACAUGACGACAAAGCUUAAAAAGAUGAGAACUUGAUGGAAGAAUAUGAGGAGAUUCUCUUUAAGGAUAAAUGUGUAGGCAAUCAUGUGGACUUUACAGAUUCAUAAGCAGACACCACGGAGUAUAUAAUAAUAUAUAUUUAUAUAGUUUAAUCUAAACUUAGGAUUGUUCCGUUUAGACUAUUCAUUAGAAGAAAAAAAUCUAUGAUUAGGGGACUUAGACUUUGCCUCCUUAAUAAUGUAAUCAAGCUUGUGAAGCCAAUUAUGCAAUUAUCAAAAGAGAGUGUAUUCCAAGGAAUAGUGACGAAUAAACUUAUUUAGAAAUGUCACGAUAUCCAAUCAAGGCUUUCAUUGAUGACUAUUAUCAAUUGUAUAUAGAGAAAGUUGAAGUUGAAAAGAAGACAUUUCCUAAUGUGUUUGAAAGUGUUCUUGACCAACUCAAAUUUAGGUCAUCUUAAUUGUUUAAUAUUAUGAAAAUGAAGGAAGAAUUCUUUUCAGAUGAUUUCUAUGAAGUAGACAAAUAUUUUUAGAAUUCUUAUUCUGUGUUUGUGUUCUUAACUCAUCACUUUCAAGAUAUCAUUUAAAAGUUGAAAGAUGAGUUGGUUGCACGUAAAAUUUAGAUCUUUGAAACUCAAAUUGAUUUUAAAUAGGCUGUUCGAUAAAAGAAUUAAAAUCAAAAGAGAUUUGAUAUCUUGAGUAACAAAUACUAAUAGUAAGUCAAGAAUUACAAUUUUAUUGAGAAGCAAUUCAAAUCAAUCUCCAGAUUCAUUCCUCAGUACCAUUAAGAUUAAAUACGUCGUAAGGCCUAGAAACAUAAAAUUCAUUUGGAAUUCCCAAAAGCAUUUUCUCCUAUUCCUAAUGCUAUGAUUACAAGUACAAAUAACUUAAACAAUCUGAAUCCUCCAGCACAAUAAGCAUUUAUGAAUAGUUCAACCACGUUGUUACCCCCUUAACAUUAAAGUACCAGUCCAAAUUUAUUGAUAACUGGAAAUCCUAAAAAUUCAUUUGGAUUCUUUCCCCCAAUGACUCCCCUUGAACACUAAGAAAGUAGUAUACCUUAACGCAAUUCCUUAAUUGAAUUGAGUUGUGAUUCGCCAGAACCACCUGAGUAGCUUUCACCUCAAAAACCUCAAAUAACAUUAAAUUGUAUCUCUUAUAUUUUAUCAAAGUCUUUCCUGAUAAUAAAUUCGAAGAGUCAUCAAGUUCUUCAGAAGAAGAAGUCGAUUUAUCUGAAUGUUUGAAUCCUGUAAAGAAUCUAUUGUCAAUCGAAAAGAAAUUGUUUGUGAAUAGAUGUCCAAGCAAAAAUACUUAGAUUGCAACUCAAACUCUUUUACAAGAAAUUCAAUAAUUUAGAAGAGAUAAAAUAGAAAAUAUUGUAACUUAAAGUACAUUGAUGAAAACACUAUCAAGUUUUGUGUCUUGGUGUUUAAAGUUCAAUAAAUUCAAUUACCCCAUGCAUGUCUAAUUAUAUGAGUAUUUUUCUAGUGAGAAUCAGUCAUAACCCUAAAAUGUUUGGCUAGGCAAAGUGGCUAGAGUCGUUAAAUCAAUAAUCUAUUAUAAAAGGAAGAAUGACUCAGCCAGACUAUUUCAUGCAAUGUUGAUCGGAGAUGUACUUAAUCAUUUCUAUAUAAUUAUUAGUUAAGUUUCCUGAUUUACUUAUAGAUCUUGAGCAACAUUUCGAACGUUAACUUUUAAGACACUGGUAUUUCAAUUCUAUAAUCCCAAUUGGCUGAUCAAAUUAAGAGUGUACAGAAACUGCCUCAAUAUAUUGAUUAUGACCAGGAGAUCUCCCAUCACCUAGGACCAAUGUAAGAUAUCAAAAUUCAAGAAUUGCUCCUUAAGUAUUCUAUGAUCUUGCAAAUUUUUGCAGAUGAGGGCGAAAGACUAACUUAGAACUAAUUCAGGUUGCUUAUGCUUGAACUUGAAAGCAAGAAAGACGAACAAUAUUACAUCAACAUGUUUAAUUCUGAAUGUGAUAUAGAAUAAUCUUCUAUACAAUACAUGUCCUUUUAAAGAUUUGCUGUGAUUUGUGAAGAAUUUCAAUUGCUGUAGGGAUUGGAAGAAUACUUAGCUAAAAAUGAUGCCUAAUAUUUUAAGGAGAAUGAUCUAUGGAAGAUGAGGGAAAUAGAAUUAAAGUUGAUGCUGAUUAGGAGUCAUAAUUAUGAUGCAUCUGAGAGAGAUCUCUUUUAUAGAAUGCACAAACUGCAUUAACCAUCAUAACGUAUAAUAUUAGGGAGGUUCUUGGAAAGAAGAGCCAAAGAGUUAUUACUCUAGAAAUAUACAUUAGAGUGCUUGGCACCAUUUAUGUUACUUUUCGAAUCAUGA